AUGCCUUCCUUCAAGAAGACCUUUGGGGUUGUUGUGGCGGGAUUGGCGGCCCUCUCAUCGGCGCUACCAUCAGUCCCCAAGUUGAGCAAGUCUCAGAUGAAGAUGUACCAGCACGCAAAGCGCCAAAACGCAGCCGCCGCAGCACUCGGCCUCAAUGAUGUCGACAUCCUGCAAUUCGCCCUCACACUCGAGUGGCUCGAAGCGACCUUCUACCAGCAAGGCUUCGCGCAGUUCCCAGCAACCGAUUUCCAAGCACUCGGCCUCGAACAGCGCGAGAUCGACGCCCUGAUCAAGAUUGGCAAGACCGAAGAAGAGCACGUCAUCCUCCUACAAAGCGCCAUCGCCCAGGCCGGCGUGCAGCCCGUCCAGCCCUGCACCUACAACUUCGGCUUCACCGACGCGGCGGGCAUGGUGGCCACGGCCGCGGUGCUCGAAAACGUCGGCGUAUCUGCCUACCUCGGCGCCGCCUCCCUCAUCUCCGACACCUCCAUCCUCACCACGGCCGGCUCCAUCCUCACCAUCGAAGCCCGCCACCAAACCUUCGUCCGCGCCGCCUCCCGCGGCAUCCCCGUCCCGCAAGCCUUCGACACGCCCCUCUCCCCCAAACAAGUCUUCUCGCUCGCGGCCCCCUUCAUCCAGAGCUGCCCGGACGGCUCCAACCUGAUCCUGACCGCCUUCCCCACCCUGUCCAUGCCCGCCGGCGCCAGCGCCACGGCCGUCGCCGCGGGCGCCGCCGUCCAGCUGCAGAGCGACGCCGCCAGCACCGCCACCCACUGCGCCUUCACCACGGGCGGCAUCCCCGGCGGCACCGUCUUCGUGCCCUUUGAUCAGGCCGCGGGUUGCGUCGUGCCCCAGGGCCUCGCGGGCGUGACCUAUGUCAACUUGGCGAGCGCGGGGCCACUGAAUGGCGUCUUGACCGAUGAUAUCAUCGUGGCUGGGCCCAUGGUUAUGCAGGUCUCGUCAAUAGGAGAAGAUCAACACAUAGAAAAAAGACAAAAUACAAGAUGGCACAAGGCUGGCUAUAUUCGUAUGGCUCUUCACAAGGUUGAAAUCCAACAUAUCACCACCAUGACACCCCCAUGGCUAUGUAACCACGUGGCAUCAUCAUCCAGAACAGAUAUCCUCUUCUCAGCGAAGCGCCGAGUAUCACCGCCGGACAGCGCGUGGGUCCGAGCCGAGCCGGUCCGGCCCGGCCAACAGAGAGCAGGUCAAGAACGCUCGACCAGCGACGAACCGACCAAAAUGUCUUGUCCUACGUAA